AUGUCAGCGGUACCUUUUACGGUCAAGGCAGUGUUCGAAUACACCUCGGAGCAUGAAGAUGACCUAAACUUUUCAAUUGGGCAGAUCAUCACGGUGACCGAGGAGGAGGAUGCUGACUGGUACUAUGGCAACUAUACCAAUGAUGCGGGCGCCAGACAAGAAGGCAUUUUCCCAAGGAAUUUCGUCGAAAAGUACGAACCACCAGCCCCUCCAAGGCCUACGAGGCCUGCCAGAGCCCGGAAAGAGUCUGAAACCACCUCUCAAUCCCCACCUCUAGCCUCCGAACCAGCUAUGGCUGACAUCCCGCAAGAGGACAGCCAUAAGAGGAGUAUUGACCUCGGUUCAACUGGUGAGGCUGAGAAACAAAAUGUCCCUGCUCCAGCUCCAUAUGAGUCGCCCAAAAGACCGGCUCCGGCUGCUACUCCCUCAUCCCCUCCCAUGAGCCCACCCUCUCAGAAACCUGCACCGCCUCCGCCAUCAGCACCAGUGGAAACAUCGGCCAAGAAGGCCCCACCACCAGCUGUUGCAGAGAAGCCGAUAGCAGGCUCGUUCAAAGACAGGAUUGCUGCUUUCAACAAGGCUUCCGCAGCCCCAAUAAUACCUUUCAAUCAUACCACCAAUACUUCGAGUUCAUUCGUGAAGAAGCCAUUCGUUGCACCACCACCCAGUAAAAACGCCUAUAUUCCGCCGCCAAUUGAACAUCCUCAAAUAUAUAGGCGGGAGGAACCCCAGGAAAAUUCGCUACCAACUCGAUCUGAAGCCCCAGAGACAACUGAAGCUGCACAGGAGGAACUACCUAAGCCAACAAGCUUGAAAGAAAGGAUUGCUCUAUUACAAAAGCAGCAGCUAGAGCAAGCCUCCCGGCAUGCUGAAGCAGCUCAGAAGAAAGAGAAGCCGAAAAAGCCUUCGAAGAAGAAAGUAGAGUCCCAAGAGCCUGUUGAACCGUCCGAGCCUACGAUUGGAGUCGAGCUACAAAGGACUGAGACCUCAGAAACUGCGAAGGAAUUAUCGGCUGCAAGCGGCGGCCCAGCUGAAGAAAGCAUGCAGCCUAAGCAUCGGACCCCUGUCUUGCCGCCCGCCAGAGAACUUACAAGUGACACCAAUGAUGCUGACAAUUCGGCGGCUGGGGAUACGGAGGAAGCAAGUGAAACUUCAACAAGUAAAGAGGACGUUGAGGAGAAGUCAUUUGAGCCCAGGUCCCAGAAAAACCUACAAAGCGAUACUCCUGAUGCCAAUGCCUCUGACGAAGAAGAGAGUGAGGAGCAAGAGGAGGACGAGAUAGAUCCCGAAAUCAGGCGGCGGAUGGAAAUUCGUGACCGAAUGGCCAAGAUCAGCGGAGGGAUGGGCAUGAUGGGCAUGUUUGGUGCUCCCGCUGGUUUACCGGGAAUGCCCACUGGCGGAUAUAAAAAGCCAAAAGCCCCGCCAGCGGAAUCAGGAACCACGGAUCAGCAGCCGGAAGCUUAUGCUCCUCCUGUCCAGCUGAUGGCUCUUCCAGGGAUGCAUGUAAGGAAACCGGAAGAAACGCCAAAAAGCCCGCCAGCGGUUCCGGAGGAGCCUAGUGAAGUGCCUAUUGCCCCAUCCCAGCCCUUACCUUCUGCGUCAGACGAGGCUCCAGAGACCACCAGUGAGGAACCUGUCACGCCACACGGACGCCCUGUACCUCCUCCACCUCCAGUCGCCCAUAAUCUCCCUCCUCCUCCACCUCCCCCAGAAACCCGACCUGUCCCGCCACCACCACAAAGUAUAAUGACUUCUGUUUCUCCUGGGGCCAAAUCUAAUGAUGAAGCUGUUCUAUCUCCGGCCCGGACCGAAAGGGGUGAUGAUGAAUCCUACUUUCCUGGGCAUGAGACACCCGGGAGCUCACGCCGAUCUAUAGAUCAAGGCAAAGUCGCAUCACCAGUUUCGUCUCCCGUAUCAAGGCCAGAAAAACGGCAAAGUCACCCCCCUCCACCACUGCCAUCAGCUCCCCCAGUACCUUCAUCGGUUCAGACCCGUCCUCCACCUCCACCUCCACCAACUGACCCAAUCUCCCACAAACCUACCAGCGAUAGAAGGAUGAGUUCCCAAACCCCAACUCGUCCCCCAGGGAGUGAGAGCGAGGAGGAGAUAACGGAGUACGAAGGCGACUAUGACACGGAUAUAGCGUCUGGUGCCAAACACAAAGAUGCUCUAAAGGCCCAUGCCAGAGAUUCUAGUGUAGAUGAAGGAACGUUGGCCGACUCCUUCAGUCCACACUCACCCAGGAGUCCGAUAGAAACGCGACCCCCCAUCCCGCAGACCACUUUCGCGAAUACAGCUCCUCGAUCAGCGCCACCUCCUCCCCCUAGCCAGCCACCAAAGGCUUCUCGGCAGUCGGUUGAUAUGCCGAGAGUUCCUCCACCCCCAGUUCCUCAAACUACGUAUACCGAAGAGGAUGAUACCCAUGAGCGAGCGCUAGGGGAGGCCUUUGAUCAGCACACCGCACCUGCUGUUCCUGUUCAUCGAGAUCGAGGUGAGUCCCAAACCAAAGAGAUUCAGGACGAGAUGCCAUACGAAAUACCCCAGCACACCGUGUCCUCUCCUCAAGCCCCUCGUCCAUCCCGGGGCUCAGUAGACCUCCUAAGGGGUCAAACUGGAACUCGCAGGUCCAUGGAUAUUUCUCGACCGUCAAUGGAUCAGGGUUACAUGGCCAAUGAUGUAGACCUUGCUUCCACGUCUCUUUGGUGGACACAACCAAACACACCUCCUCCAGUCUUCCAAGGCCGACGAGAUAUUAUCUUUGAGAUUGAGGAGUCCUCUACAAGCAAGCGAGGAGGGAAAAUAACUACUUCAAAGGACGUCUACAUUCUCUUCAUGGACUACUCUCAAACCAUCGUAUCCGCACAAUUCGAUUCCAAAAAUCCAAUCGAUGUAGCAUUAGAACAGCGCCACGAACCACCACCACCCCGACUGCGCCAAGAUCAAUUGGAGGACGCCCAUACUCAGUUUGGUGCUCGCAUCUCCGAAUCAGUUGCUUCAAAACAGAAUACCACAGUUGGUGACGGUACUCCUCAUGCCCUUAUCCAAACUCUCCUUGCUCCCUUGAAGGACGCCCUCCUCCCAGUCGGCGUCCGCAGCUACGGUGCUCUGGUAUACGCCAAUCUAGCCAAUGCCUCUGUCCAACAAUUCGAUGAAAUCCGCCCUGGCGACAUAAUCACGUUCCGUAACUGUCGUUUCCAAGGUCACCGCGGCACAAUGCAUCAAAAAUAUUCCGCCGAAGUAGGCAAGCCCGACCACUCCGGAGUCGUAUCUGAUUGGGACGGUACGAAGAAAAAAGUACGAGCCUGGGAGCAAGGUAGGGAAAGCAAGAAGACAAAAGUCGAAAGUUAUAAGUUGGGUGACCUGAAAAGUGGUGAAUGUCGUGUUUGGAGAGUCAUGCCUCGUUCUUGGGUUGGAUGGGACGGAGAGCACAAACCCUGA